AUGUCAUUUGGUGUAUCAUACGAGGAAUAUACUCAAAUCUUUAAUUUUGAAUCCAACCCAGUUGUUGCAAGCAGUUUGAGUAAAUAUUCUACUCUUUUUGCUGUGAUUUUAGUUAUAAUCGGUACGUAA